AUGAGGGUGAAACCUAAACCUGGCUGCGUGAGGGAAAGGCCUAUACCAGGCUGCAUGAGGGAGAGGUCUAAACUCGACAGUGUGAGGGAGAGGUCUAAACCCGGCAUUGUGAGGGUGAAGCCUAAACCCAAUAGUGUGAGGGAGAGGCCUAAACCCAGUAAUGUGAGGGAGAGGCCUAAACUCGGCACUGUAAAGGAGACGCAUAAACUUGGCAGUGUGAUGGGGAGGUCUAAACCCGGCAAUGUGAGGGAGAGGUCUAAACCCCGCAAUGUGAGGGAGAGGCAUAAACUCAGCAGUGUAAGAGAGAGGUCUAAACCCGGCAGUGUGAGGGAGAGGUGUAAACCUGGCUGUGAGAGGGAGAGGUCUAAAGUCAGCAGUGUGCGGGAGAGGCCUAAACUCGGCAAUAUGAGGGAGAAGCCGAAACUUGGCAGUGUGAUGGGGUGGUCUAAACCUGCCAAUGUGAGUGAGAGGUCUAAACCCGGCAGUGCGUGGGAGAAGCCUAAACCUGACAGUGUGAUGGGGAGGUAUAAAUCUGGCAAUGUGAGGGAGAGGCCUAAACCCGACAGUGUGAGGGAGAGGCCUAAACCCGGCUGUGUGAGGGAAAGGCCUAAACUCGGCAGUGUGAGGGAGAGGCCUAAACCCGGCAGUGUGAGGGAGAGGUCUAAACCCGUCAAUAUGAGAAGAGGCCCUAAACCCGGCAGUGUGAAUGAGAAGCCUAAACUUCGCAGUGUGAGGGAGAGGCCUAAACCUGGCAGUGUGAGGGUGAAAUCUAAACCCGAUAGUAUGAGGGAGAGGGCUAAACCCAGCAGUGUGAGUGAGAUGCCUAAACUUGGCAGUGUGAUGAGGAGGUCUAAACCCGGCAAUGUGAGGGAGAGGCCUAAACCUGGCAGUGUGAGGGGGAGGUCUAAACCCGGCAAUGUGAGGGAGAGGCCUAAACCCAGCAGUGUGAGGGAAAGGUCUAAAUCUGGCAGUGUGACAAGAGGCCUAAACCUGGCAGUGUGA